UUUCACUUUGUUUGUUUUGUGUUUUGUCAUUUUUUGUUUGUUUGUUGUUGUUUUUUUCCUCUCUAGGGGAGAGAUUGAGGGGGACGAAAGGGGGUGGCGGUGGUGGGCAGAGGAGAGGAAAAAACAUGUAUUGCAGAUUCUAAGAUGGUCACCACGAGAACUAAAGCAAACUAUGGGGAAGCAAUCUUCUAUGUUAGUCCUAGAGCCUGCAGACGAACACCGUCAAUUUAAAGUACGAAUUCAGCGUCCGCUUCUUCAUGACAAGAGACGCAAGAUAUGUCUUGGGGCUGUGCUGGCUGUAUUGGUGAUUUUGAUCAUUGCUGCCGUUCUCGUUGCUGUUCUUGUUACAAAGAAACAGUCAGCUGUCAGAGGUUCAAAUAAUGCAAGAGGACCAGAAUUCCCUGUUAUUUUAAUCUCAAUGGAUGGCUUUAAAGAUACGUACAUUGAUAAAGGAUUUGCGCCAAAUAUCCAAAAGUUAGCUAAAGAAGGUGUCCGAGCUCGGUUUCUUAUUUCUCAAUUUCCUACGAAAACCUUCCCUAAUCAUUACUCUAUUGUGACUGGACUAUACCCAGUCCAUCACGGUAUCGUAUCAAAUAGUUUCUAUGACCCUAAGCUGAAAGAAGCAUUUGGUAUUGGUAAACCGACCUCCUUUGAUCCUAAGUGGUGGAAAGGCGAACCACUGUGGCAGGCAGCGAUGAAGAAUGACUUAGUGACAGCAUCUUACUUUUUUGUUGGCUCUGAAAUCCCAAUUGAAGGUAUGUUGCCGAAUUUUACGUUCAUUUAUAACCAGAGUCAUCCAUUUGAAACACGUGUGGACACAGUUUUAAGUUGGCUUGACUUGCCAAGACAAGGAAGUCAAGUAGACCCUGAACAUGACGACGGGAGAAGAAGACCUGAUUUCAUCACUUUAUACUUUCACCAGCCAGACAAAGCAGGACAUAUUAAUGGACCUGAAUCUGAACAAGUUAAGAACAGUACGCGAUUAGUGGAUCGUAUGAUAGGGAGAUUGUAUGAAGGAUUAAGGAAAAGGUCACUCAUGGAUAAAGUAAAUGUUAUUAUGCUGUCAGAUCAUGGAAUGGCCGCAACGGACUGUAAACGUAAACAAGUAACAUACCUAGAUCAGUAUGGAGUGACACUAAAUGACAUCAUGACGUCACAGUAUUAUGGUGGCGCAUUUAUGUCUUUGAAUCCUCGUGGCUCUUUGAAUAAAAGUGAAAUUCUUUCCCGAAUCCAGUGUAAAUCUCGCUAUCUUCGUGUAUUUGCCAAAGAAGAUCUCCCAAAACGUCUGCACUAUUCGUCAAGUAGUCGAAUUGGUGAGAUUGUCAUCAUUCCACAAGACGGAUGGCUUAUCGGUACAAAUUCUUCUAUAGACUUUAGAUGUCUUCCAGGUAACCAUGGCUAUGACCCAAUGGAUGCUAGCAUGAGGUCAAUGUUUGUGGCUCAUGGACCAUCAUUCAAAAAGGGACUAAUACAUGACCCUUUUGUAAAUACAGAAAUCUACAACAUGAUAGCAGGGCUUCUUGAAAUUAAACCAGUCACAAAUGAUGGAACACCUGGUAGUUUGAAUCUAAUGCUUAAGACUGAAACACCUCCUCUCCCCUUAAAGGGAGAUGGUAAAGAAUUUCAGACCUGCAGCUACCCUGGUGAUAAUAUUGCCGCUAAACGACGCCAGUGUAAAGACUGCGUUUGUCCUUACUGUGACUUAGGCUCAAGUCCCGACAAGGUGAAACAUUUGGAUGAAAAACUUGAUCUCAGCAACAAACAAAUCCUCGACUAUCAGCAAUUCAAUUUACCGUGGGGGCUUCCUGACGGAGGAGCUGGGAAUGGUGGCUGUAUAUUGACCCAACAGGAAUACAUAACUGGAUUUAGUACUUACCUGAGAGUACCCCUAUGGGUUGGCUAUAGGCUGGAUGGAGAGAAAGCCAAUCAAAAAAUUCCAAGGCAAAAUUGUUUCAGACGAGAUAUCCGUCUAAAUGAUGCCCAGGCCUCUGAUUGUAAUCAUUACAUACGGUCAGGAAUGGAUCGCGGUCACAUGGUACCAAAUGCUGAUUUCGACUACAAUGAAACAGCAGCUUUGAAUACGUUCAUUCUAUCCAACGUUGCUCCGCAGUAUCACAUAUUUAACACAGGCGACUGGGCAUUCCUAGAGACUUACGUAAGGAGCCUAGCUAUCAAAUUCAAUAUUGUUUACGUCAUCAGUGGGGCGAUAUUUGAUAAGGAUGCUGAUGGAAUGCGUGACACGGACGCAUCGGUCACAAGUUGGUUAAAAGAUAAGCCGAACACUGUUGCUAUACCAACCCAUUUUUACAAAAUAGUCGUACGUUGCAAUGUCUCUGAACUACCUUUCUACAAAGUCCCAGGAUGCAAUGGCCGGCUUGACGUCAUCUCAUUUAUUUUACCUCACAAAAAUGAAAAGCAUUGCUAUCACCAAUCACGGCAAGACUAUCUUCUUGAUAACACAGCAACAGUACGAGACGUCGAACGACUGACAGGCUCUGUGUUUUUCAACCGUCUACCAUCGUUAGAGCAAGCUCGACUGAAGACUUUUUACCCAUUAGAGUUAUGGUAGUGCUGCAGUAGUAACAUUUUGUUAAACCAAAAAAUGAUGCAUAAUUCACAAAUAUAUCAAUGGACUUUUUCCAUAAGAGAAGUCCUUCAAACGGGAUUACAAGUAGAUCGUGUUCACAUUUAAUAUGAUUUUUAUGGUCUAUAUCAGAAAGAAACCGAAGGUUUAGUUGAGAAGAAUGGUUUUGUUUCACAAACAAAAGGAUACAAUGUGGCGAACCAAAACAUACAGUUCUCCAGCUGAAAAGAGAGAAUAAUAAAUGAAAAUUAAAUUUGCAUUUAACUACU